AUGACAAUGACAAUGAGCAAUACUGUUCCAGGCGGCUCUCAAAUUCGUCGGAUGGAUUUCCUGUGGGUCAGGUGGUUUGGCGAUGAGUGCAAUUACCACUACGGGUCGAAGCAGGCACGUCUCCCCUUGGUAGGAUUUGUGCCAUCAACCAUUGAUGGUGCGUUUGGCUUCUUGGACCCAACUCAUGUCAUUCGUGGCUGCCACCUUAUCCCUGCAUAUGCUCAUGGUCGCUCUCAAGAUUUAUUACCUGUGCGAACAAGUGAUGCCCGCUGUCUAAUGCCAGAUGAGGAGGAUGAUUGGACCAAUUUCUACGUCAAUCUGUUUGUCGACCGAGACAUGAUCAUGCGGCACUUUGGAGGAGGCGUUGGUCAUUCAAUCAAUGCACUACCUGAGAAGACAUCACUCCAAGGAACUACAGACGAGAAUAGAGAGGACAGUUCUGACUCCAAGGACGAUGAUCAAGAUAUGAUGACCAGACAGGUUGCUGAACACAUUGCAGAUAUGCCGCUGACGCAUAGUAGGGCUCCUGUGGAGAAUGAGGAGGAAGAAGAUGCAGUGGUACAGCAGGAGGAUGAGGAUGAAGAGGAGGAAAGAGAGGAUGAGGAUGAAGAAGAGGACAAGGACAAGGACAAGGACAAUGGGUACGCAUCUCUGUAA